AGUUGUUUAACGUACAUUCCUUUUUCGGACAGCAUCCAUCAUUUAUAAUAGCGAAUACGGAAUAUUUACGCCGAUUAAAACCCUAAAUUGUUUUGGCUUACGAAUGUUUUGCUUAUAAAUAUAAAUAUAAGCCAUCAGUAUCGUUUUUUUCAGUAUCAGACGCUUUGUCUGUGUCCUUAUCUACACUCUUUCUUUCUUUCAUUAUCGAUAUUAGUACAAUAUGGGACAGAUACUAUCAUCAGUAUCCGGAAAUGAGAAGGCCUCUCAAAAGAACAAAACUUCCUCUCCUUCUAGUCGCCAGUUUAGCCAGUACAGUCAAUACGUUCCUCAGCGGAAGAGUGAAAGUAUAUUCUCUACCCCCCAACCUUCCUAUGAUACUGAAUGGUUGAAAAUAAAAAUCAGAAAACAGGAAGUGGAAAGACUUAGACAAGCUAAACAAGCUAGAGAAGAGGAAGCGGAGAGGCUUAGACUAGCUAAAAAAGCUAGAGAACAGGAAGCGGAGAGGCUUAAACAAGCUAGACAGGCUAGAGAACAGGAAGCUAUAAAACUUUACCUAGCCAGACAACAGGAAAAAGCUUCUCAAGUAAGUAAGAAUACGACUUCUCUCUCAAAUCGCUCGUACAAUGUCGUAGCAUCAUCUGAAAGGAAAUUGACUUCUGGAACAAAUGAUAACACAACCCAUGUCACAAUUACGGCUUCUGGAGUAACCUCUGGAACGAAGGAUAACACUUCUCAUCGCCCGUCAAUGGAUAAUAAGAAAACGACGUCUCUCGGAAUAAAGGGAAAUCCAACUUCUUUUUCCGAUCCUUACAAUAUCUCAUCAAAAUCCGAAAAAAAUACGACUUCCUUGAGUAAGGAAGAUCGUGAAAAUGUUAAAAGGAUUACCGAAAUUGUCAGAAGUAUACUAACCCGUGACAAAAAUUACGUGGUAUACGGCAAUUGGUCAUGUCCUCAUUGGCCAAUUUCAUGCAACAACGAAUACGAAUGGCAAUAUAAAUAUUCUUUGGAAUCACUCCGAAGUUAUCUAACAUUAAAUCAAAAAAGCAAGAAAGAUGUUUUUAUGAAUAAAUGCAAGGAAUGUGAUAAAGAAAGUCUGGUCACUAGUUUCUUUCUAUACAAUCGGCAACCAAAUCGUGCAAGUAAAAAGCCCGAUGUUGAGAUCGUCUGUCGCUUAGAAUGGAAUAAUCAUUACAGAGUGUUCGCCGAAUGGAAAUGCAAUCGCCCUCAAAGUCCUCAUGAAUGGAAAAGCUCCUAUACUUGGAUAUUACUCCGAAAUUAUAUAGAAAAAUCCCCAUUGAAAAAGGGAGAUUAUUACGAGCAGAAGUGCCAUGAUUGUAGGGAGGAAUGCAAAGUAUGCAAAAAGAAACCCAAGGAAAAGAGAGGAUGCAAAGAAUGCGAUCAUGCUACCGUCGUCUCGAAUCACAGUCAAUUAGUACAAUCACCAGGUGGAAAACCUCAUAAAAGAUGGUUAUGCGCGAAAUGUAAGGGAGGGUCAAUAUGUCGAUCCGACAACAACUACCGAAUUCCACGACAACGCAAUAUUGAAUUAUUUUAAGAAUUAGUUGUAAAAUAGAUUGAUCUCGAUCUAGAUUUUCUGUUGAAAGAAAAGAUUUCACAAAACCUUUGAAUUUCAUAUUAUUUAUAAAACAUCUUUAAAUAGGUAAAAUAACCGAAAAAAAAAGAUCAAAAGAAAAAAAAAUUUUUUUUAAUUUUUUCCUAUUCUUAUUCUUAUUAAAUUUAUCAAUUAUGAGCUUACUUAUAUUAUCCGGUAAAGAUUUUUCUCAAAUUCUCAUUCGACAUGUUCAUCAUUUUUGGUAUUAUUAAAUGACGAUAGUGAUAAGUAAUUAAGUGAUCUUAAUGUUGUUGAAAAGGGUGCUACAAAGAUUCAUCAAAUGUAUAAAGGAAUAAGGAACUUCUGAACAAGUUUACCCUUAUUAGAAUUGUUGACAUCUUCUAAACAAUCAAGAGCAAAAGGAGAUCAAAGACCUCAAAUCAAUUUAUACUGUAUUGUAUGGACAUUUCAAAAGGCUUAUGUAAAAAGAU